AUGAAGGUUACGUCUCUCCUCACUUCCCUCCUGCUCGCGCCGAUCGUGGCCAGCCAUGCGAACCACGAUAUCCAGCAGGAGCUCAUUCAGAGACGUGAGUUCCUCGAGAACAACAAGGUCAACCUCAACCACUGCGCCGAGAAGUUGAGGAAGCGAGGCCAUGAUAAGCGCGCCAUCAAGCGCCGCAGUGAGAUUACCAACAAAUUGCGAAAGAGGUCCAACAUUAAGGCCCGACAGGAGAGUGACGAGACUGUUACUUGGAAACACUCUCACCAUUCUGACGAGGAUUACACCUUCGAGACUGACACGUCCAUCGUUUUCUCGGGCAAUAGGUCCUGCAUCCUCAACCCCGAGGUUACCGAAGGCCCUUUCUAUGUUGCUGGAGGACUUGUCCGCCAGAACAUUGUCGACGAGCAGCCUGGUGUCCCACUAGCUGUGGAUAUUCAGAUCAUCGAUGUCGACACAUGUGAGCCUGUGGAGGGCGCCUAUCUCGAGAUCUGGCACUGCAACUCCACUGGUGUUUACAGUGGUGUCCUGUCCGAGAUGAAUGGCGUCGGGUCGGCCGAUCCCACUAACCUCGACGCCACCUUCCAUCGUGGUUACCAGCCUACCGACGCCGACGGCGCCGCCCAAUUCGAGACCGUCUUCCCCGGCCACUACCAGGGUCGUGCCACCCACAUCCAUCUCAUGGUCCACCUCGACCCCGAAGUCCGCGAGAACAACACCAUCGUUAAUCUCGACGUCGCCCACGUCGGCCAGAUGUAUUUCGACGAUGACCUUAUUGCCGAGGUUGAGCAGUUCGAGCCCUACACUACCAACAAGAUGCUCCUCACGCCCAAUGCCAACGACUUCAUCCUGGCCCAGGAGGCCGCCGUCACCGAUCCUCUCUCCGAAUACGUUCUCCUUGGUGACUCUGUUGAGGAAGGAAUCUUUGCCUGGUAUAGCUUCGGUAUCAACACCACUUUAGUCCGCAAGGUUUCGGCAGCCGCUACUCUUUACGAGACUGGCGGCGAAUCAAACCCUAACGCUGGCGGCCCUGGCUUCGGUGCCCCGAUCGGCGAUUUGCCAGAUGGUUUCUGCAUUCCAGCUGGUGGGUUCCCAGCGCCCCCCGGGGGUGACGGUCAGCCCGGUUUCCCAGGUGGCUUCCAGCCUCCUGAGGGCUUCGAGCCUCCUGAGGGUUUCCCUGCCAUCCCUGUAUGUGAGGAAACUGGAGAGCCAGCUGAAGACGAGGAACCAGCUGAACCUGAGGAACCUGUCGAGGAGGAACCUGAAGAGCCCGAGGAGCCUUCUGGGGAUGAAUAG